GAAACGUGAAAGUGAAAGUGAUGUGUUUCUGUUCUGCUGAAAUUAAACCACUUGUGUGUAUGCGGGUGUGUUCUCCUCGUUUCUCUCUACUUCUUAUUCUGUGAGGAUUGAGGCUGAAGCUGCUGUGCUGUCAUAGGUUUGUUCUGUUCUGUUUCAGAUCUCCAUGAUGAGUGUGAUUAACUCCCGACUGUCCAAGAAGCAGGAGAUGAAGCUGUGCGCUCUACUCGGUCAUGCUAAACUCAGUCUGCUGUACAAGGCCAGCGUGCACAGCUUCAACAGCAACAUCUUCCACCAGAAGUGUGAUCGUCAGGGCCCUACUGUUACUGUAGCGUAUAAUAACUCUGGCUACAUUUUUGGAGCGUACAUCAGUAAAGAUUAUGCACAGACGGGUCAGAACAUCGUAGAUGACAAAGCCUUCCUGUUCAGCUUCAAUGAGCGUGAGGUUGAUAAAGCUCCUCUGCGUGUGGUGAGCACAGAAGCACAGCGAUCCUAUAUUGAUGGAAACACUGGGCCCAAUUUCAACUCCUUGCUUUUUAUAUACAAUAACACCGCCACUGUGUACAGCAAUCCAGGCACGUAUAAUUUUGACCCAGCGGAGAUGCAUGGCAAUGACCUCCAGCUGAGCGAGUGUGAGGUGUACCGAGUGGAAGGGUUUGGAUCACUCAUGGAGAAACCGUGGAGAAACCUCGAGUGGAGUUUGGAGAAGAGGAAGUCUCUGAUGGAUGCGAUCUCGCGCUGGACUCCGAGUGUGAGCUCGGUGCAGAAAGCUCGUGUGUUGCUUGUCGGUGCUGUUGGAGCGGGUAAAUCCAGCUUCUUUAACUCGGUUAGCUCCAUUUUUAAAGGUCACGUGAGCUGCCGAGCCAACACAGGCAUCGCUGGCACCAGCCUCACCACACAGUUCCGUGUGUACUCCAUUAAGGUGGGCAGUAAGUUUUUGCCGAUCACGCUGUGUGACAGUAUGGGCCUGGAGGAGGGACUUAACGCCGGACUGGACAUUGACGACUUCACCAACAUUUUAAAGGGUCACAUUCAGGACAGAUACCAGUUUAACCCGUCGAUGCCUCUCCAAUCGGAGUCUCCUUAUUUUUGUAAAACUCCAACUAUGAAGGAAAAGAUCCACACUGUGGUGUAUGUGAUGGACGCCUGCAAGAUCAAACUGCUGUCUGACAAGCUGAUCGAGAAACUGGCUGCUUUCCGCAGAAAAGCCAACCACAUGGGAAUACCACAGAUGAUUCUGCUGACUAAGGUGGAUGAAGCGUGUCGUUCUGUGGGAGAAGAUCUGAAACAUGUCUAUCAGAGCCAUUACAUCUACAAGAUGAUGCAGGAGGUGAGUGUACGUCUGGGUGUUUCUCUCUCUGCUGUGGUUCCAGUGAAGAACUACAGCAAAGAGCUCGAGCUCGACCCAUACACUGACAUCGUGCUGCUCAACGCCGUUCAGCAGAUCAUCAGAACCUCUGACGUGUACUUCGACGACGUUUCUUGCGAGGAAGAGUAGAGUCCGGAACGAUAGACGUCUUAAAAGCUGGACUACAUCAUCAUAAACCUGCUUCAGGCUUAAACCUGCAUGUUCAAUCACAUUUAUUGACAACGUUUACUUCCUCCUCUGCUGAAUAUAACUGACAUGAACAGCUUGUGCUUGUUGAAAUAAAUAUGCAUUUGAAAUUUAAAUCCUUGAAAUAAAUAAUGUGUUUUUGAAAUGAAUCAUUGUUCACUUCCUGAUAAGUUUAUGAGAUGUGUUUCCUGGUUCCUGUGUUGGCCCCUUUCUUCUCUGUUGACUCAGGUACAGACAGAUACAGACAGAUACCAUUUGUACAUUUAAAUACUUUCCAGUCAAUAGUUAACCCAUUGUCUCUGUUGUGUGCCUGUUGUAUACUCUGUUUUUUCUUUGAAUAAAUGAGAGAUUGAACUUUGAA